AUGACAGGAGCGGCCAGUCCCUUUUACUUUGCCGACGAUGAAGACUCAACUGUGAGUCCCGUGGAACACCAAUGCCGCAAUAUCGCUCAUGCUUCUGUGGGGACCUCCUCCCUCUCCAAGGUCUCUUCGCGGACGUCCGAGCCCCCGAAUCUCGAAGAAAUUUUGUUGUUCCCUGUGGAAAACUCCCAUGCAUACUCGUAUGCUCACUUAUCUCCCAACUCCUUGGCUCUCCGUCUCAACGUGUUGAAGAGAUCACUCGAAAUUCUCAAUGAAAGACCAGACUGGCUCAAAACACUCAAGCCUACAAACGACAUAAGCAACUUUGACGACGAAGCUUCUGCUCCGCCGUCGCCACUAAUACUGUCUCCAGCCCAUCUUGACAGUCUCAAACGAAAGCUUGUUACACGCCCGCUAAUGCACAGACUGUAUCUGCGAAGCGAACACGAAUAUUCAUCAAACGCCAAUGAUCGGUUCAAACUCACCUCCAACGCUUCUUCGGCGGCCUUGAAUGCUCUAUUUCGCCCAAAACUUUCGCGUUCUGAGAGUUUACUGCGAACACGCGUACACUCAGGAAGUAUCCUCUUAGAAAAGUCUGAUGUGGGCAAGCCACUCCAGCAAGACGAUACUCUCGAUGCUGAUGACAGUGAGUUCACGGAUGAUUUGAAGGAUAUCAUUGAACUCAUAGAGCAAGAUGCGACCCUUCUUUCGUCAAAGAAAGAUAUUGCAGCAACCUUACACGAUCUUUCACUCUCAUCAGGAGGCGAAGACGUAAGAAAAAAACAAAAUGCUCUAAAGAACAAGCUUUUAUUUGCAUUGGCCACUCCUUUUGUAGAAACAGCAGCAAUGGCAGCGCCCCUUUGGGGAGCGACAAUGCCCAGCUCCAUGUCGAUCUCUGGCCCGGGUCCAGCCAUCAAUUCGUCUACAACUGCGUUGAAUCUUCUAGCUCCUCAAAAUGGGAACUCUGCUGCUCCGCUACUUGCUCCACCUGGAAACAGACCAUUCCAUGCCAUCUCUGCAGGAAAGCAUGCUUCCCCGCAAUCUAUUAUCACUGUGGACGCAGAUUUUCCAUGGAGUUUCAAGGCUGCCAACGAUUUAGCGUGCUUGAUGUUUGGGGUUCUGAAAAGCAUGAUCAAGAAUUUGACUCUAAUAGACCUUAUUGCGCCACAGUUCAGAAACUUUGUCACCGAAAGAAUGACUAAGGUGAUGGGAAACAUUGACAGACGCCUGAAACUGAACAAGACUAUUAUAUUUGCCGGUGAAAUCAUUGCUAUCUCAAGAUACUCUGAAGGUGAUUUUGCAUGGACUUCUAUUUGGGCGCAGAAAAAGGAUAAUUUGAUUAUUUGCAUGUUUGAGCAAAUUACAUGCGAUGCUUUUGAUGUGCUUAUCCUGUGUGACGUGGACAAUUACAAGAAUACGCCCUACACUGUGACCUCAAUUGAGGAGAUUGCUGGAAACUUGAUCACAAAAUCAGACACCAGCCGUGUUAAGAAUCUUCAGAGCAUUUCUGAGAGCUUAGACAUGGAUUUAAAGAAGCUGACAUUGAAUCAUGAAGAAGACGCACAAUAUGAUUGGGAGGAUAGCAGCAGACUUAAUCGAUAUCGCUACUAUACACUUCAGCUCGCUGGGGACGAAAAUAUCCCAUGUGCGUUGACCUCCUAUCCUUUGGAGAAAGAUGACACUAAAUUUGAGCUCAAGCUUAAAAUUCAUUCUAUGCCGUAUAUUGCUGGCAUGAUUGUGGUGGAGUUUUCGGACCUAAAGGUGCUUUCGUGUAAUAAAGCGAUUGCGAAAAAUUUAUUCGGUGUUCUGUAUGAUGACAUUUUGGGGCACAGUGUGGAUACAAUUAUCCCAGAAUUUUCAAAGAUCUUGCAAGCUGGUCUAGAAGAUCAAGAUUCAGCUUUUCAAAUUGCUCCCGGGUUGGUUCUCCCGGAGCAUUUCUUUCGAAAGUACAGUGCGAUUAUGAAACUGAGCUCCACUGAUGUCAAAAGCGCAGAGCAUGCGUUCUUGUAUUCUCGCGGUAUCGAGGGAUUACACAGAGACGGAAAGUCAAUAUUUAUUGACGUCCAGCUACGAGUGGUCAGACCUGAUGUUUUUGUUUUGUGGGUGACGUACUCCCGUCACAGCAACAAAAGCAUCCACAAGCAUUUACACAAGCUAUCUAGUAGCAGCACGAAUGAAGCUCCUCUGCCUUUGAGGCCAAAAGGAACCAGCAGCCGAGUGAAUCUCCCCUCACAGAUGAAGUUGUUUCCGGAAAAUGAAUCCGAUAUACUCGAGCUCGGGUCCAGCAGCUCUGAUAUCAGUCGUCAUAGCAGCACUCGGCGUCCCAAAAGAGUAACCACUUUUUCGGUUCCUAUCACUUAUAUGAGCGACUCAUCCUCCAAACAACAGUUAUCGAAAGAUCUAGCCUCAACAAGAUCGAUCUCAAUCUCAGGAAGCACCUACACUGCGAGUGAUGUUGGGAAAUCAUCCACUCGGCCCUCUUCUAUUGAAACUGAAGACCAAGAGAAACUGGAGGUUCUGUUUUACAGAAACUUCUCGGAGCAAGAGAUCUUAUCUGCAGAAAAUAAGGAGCUCGAGGAAAGAAAAAGCAAAUCUAGAUAUUGGCCCUCGAAAAUCGGGGAGAAAAAGCGAACAAAAAAGUACACCGAGUUCAAUAUUCUAAAGAAUAUGGGAGAGGGGGCUUAUGGCAAGGUUGUGCUUGCAGAACACAAGGAUGACCCCGCAUACAAAAUUAUUAUUAAGUGUAUCGACAAACAAAGGAUCUUGGUGGAUACGUGGGUGAGAGACCGACAGCUCGGUACCAUCCCGUCGGAAAUCCAGAUCAUGGCCACCUUGAAUCAGGAACCGCAUCCCAACAUCAUGAGAAUCAUUGACUAUUUCGAGGACCCCAACUAUUACUAUUUGGAGACACCCGUGUUCGGCGAUCCCCCAGCCAUUGAUUUGUUCGAUUACAUCGAGGUAAAGAACAAUCUUAGUGAGCUAAACUGCCAGCUCAUCUUCAAGCAGGUUGUUCUGGCCAUUUACUUUUUGCAUAAACAAGGCAUUGUCCACAGAGAUAUCAAAGACGAAAACAUUAUUGUGAACGAGGUGGGUGUUGUGAAACUCAUUGAUUUCGGCAGCGCCGGAUAUGUGAAGCUGGGACCCUUUGACGUUUUUGUGGGGACGGUGGACUACGCGUCACCCGAGGUUCUUAGGGGGGAGAAAUACGACGGCAAGCCGCAGGAUAUUUGGGCGCUCGGCAUCUUGCUCUAUAUCAUGCUCUACAAGGAAAACCCGUUCUACAAUGUUGAUGACAUCAUGGAGGGCGAGUUGCGUGUUCCCUUCGUUGUCAGCGAGACCCUGGUGGACCUAAUCGAAAAGAUUUUGGUGCGAGACAUCAAAGGCAGGCCGACAAUCACCGACAUUGCCGAGCACGAAUGGCUCAAUGUCUGA